AGCGCGCAGCGAAAACAAAGAUGGCGGCGGCGCCGGGGCCGGCGGCCGGGGCGGCUGCGGGGAGACGCGCGGCCCGGGCCCUCUGAGGAGCGCGGCGGGAGCGGGAGGCGGGAGCGGGCGGCGGGGCGCGGCGGCGGCGGGGGCGGCGGGAGCGCGCGGCGCCCCGACUUCCAGCCGCGGGAGCGCGCCGGCAGCCGCCCGCCGGGCCGGCCGGCCGCGAUGUCCGGCGCCGAGGAGGCCGGCGGCGGGGGCGGCCCGGCCGCGGGGCAAGCGGGCGCCGUGCCGGCCGGGGUCGGGGCGGCCGCGGGGCCGGCGGCGGCGCUGGGCGAGGCGGCGGGGCCCGGGCUCCCGGACGAGGCCGGCGCCCGGCAGCUGCAGGACGCGGCCGGCGACCCCGACGCGCCGCCCAAGAAGCGGCUGCGGGCGGCCGAGGCCGAGGCGGCGGCGGCGGCGGGCAGCGGGAAGCUGGAGGAGCGGCUCUACUCGGUGCUGUGCUGCACCGUGUGCCUGGACCUGCCCAAGGCCUCCGUGUACCAGUGUACUAACGGUCACUUGAUGUGCGCUGGCUGUUUUAUCCACCUACUAGCAGAUGCCCGGCUGAAGGAGGAGCAGGCCACCUGCCCCAACUGCCGCUGUGAGAUCAGUAAGAGCCUCUGCUGCCGGAACCUGGCCGUGGAGAAAGCCGUGAGCGAGCUGCCCGCAGAGUGUGGCUUCUGCCUGCGCCAGUUUCCUCGCUCCCUCCUGGAGAGGCACCAGAAAGAGGAGUGCCAGGACAGGGUGACACAGUGCAAGUACAAGCGCAUCGGCUGCCCAUGGCACGGUCCCUUCCACGAGCUGACCGUGCAUGAGGCUGCAUGCGCCCACCCCACCAAGACGGGCAGCGAGCUGAUGGAGAUCCUGGACGAGAUGGACCAGAGCCACCGCAAGGAGAUGCAGCUCUACAACAGCAUCUUCAGCCUGCUCAGCUUCGAGAAGAUCGGUUACACAGAGGUCCAGUUCCGGCCGUACCGCACGGACGACUUCAUCACACGCCUGUACUACGAGACGCCGCGGUUCACGGUGCUGAACCAGACGUGGGUGCUGAAGGCUCGCGUGAACGACUCGGAGCGCAACCCCAACCUUUCGUGCAGGCGUACACUGUCCUUCCAGCUGCUGCUCAAGAGCAAGGUCACGGCACCGCUGGAGUGCUCCUUCCUGCUGCUCAAGGGCCCCUACGACGACGUGCGUAUCAGCCCCGUCAUCUACCACUUUGUCUUCACCAACGAGAGCAAUGAGACGGACUACGUGCCCCUGCCCAUCAUCGACUCGGUGGAGUGCAACAAGCUGCUGGCCGCCAAGAACAUCAACCUGCGGCUCUUCCUCUUCCAGAUCCAGAAGUAACAGCAGGUCGGCCGCAGGCGCUCCAGGACUCGGCCUUUUUUUUUUUUUUUGGCUUUUUUUUUUUUUUUUUUUUCUUUUUUUUAGGAGAAAGAGUGCGAAGGCAAGCACCAGCCUGGGCCGCCUGCAUGUCUGCACAGCAGGAGUCCUCGCCCAGUGCCCUGCCUCGGAGGACAGCCAACUGCGGAGGACCCACCGGGCCUGGAGGACACGGCGUGUUUGAUUGCAUUAAAAAGGCAGCCUUGUUUCCUACUUGCUGUUUUGUUGGCGGGGAAAGCGAGGCAAGAGUGGAUGGCAAGGACAACAGAACGCCCCCAGCCCCCAUCCUUGCCACUGCACUUGUCUGCCCUGCC